AAGUUAACAAGGAUGCGAAUCAGUAAUUAAAGGCAGGUUUGAAGACACAAUUGAUAACCUGGCUUGGGUUUCAGUUUCAAUUUUGAAUAAUUGAGAGGCCUUGUUUGAGCAUUGUCUCCUGACUAUACAUUUUCAUCCUCAUUCUCGCCAGGGAUUUUCAUUUUCAUUUUGCUGGUGAGAGCUUUCUUCACAUUUCAUUGCUGAAAUCUUUCAUUUCCUUGUUUCCUUUCUCACAUCAUCAGCCUUAACAGCUCUGCUUCUGUUCUUCAAGUUGAAUCCAAUAACAUCCAUAUGCUUUUUCUGUCGAUUCCCCUCCAUAGAACUUUGUGCAACUCUCUUCACCCUCAUACUCAUUUUGCCCAUAUGUCUAUGUCGCUCUGCUCCUUUGCUUGCUAAACCUUUCAAUUUCCUUGAUUUCUGUUUUUGCGACACCGAUUCCCGUAGCUAGCAGCCUGUUGUUAGUUUACUGCUGCUGUUUUUUUUGGUUUUCUGUCAUCGAUCUGAUCGUGUUCCAAAAGAGAAGAAAGGAGUAGCAAGUAGAAAAUGGUAGAAAUUGUUGUUUCGGUUGCAGCAAAAGUUUCAGAGUACCUGGUUGGUCCAGUUGUACGUCAGCUGGGUUAUCUGUUUAACUACCGUACCAACAUUGAGGAUCUCUCUCAAAAGGUUGAGAAGCUGAGGGGUGCCAGGGCUAGGCUGCAGCACUCUGUGGAUGAAGCUAUUAGGAAUGGACAUAAAAUCGAGGAUGAUGUUUGCAAGUGGAUGACACGUGCUGAUGGGUUCAUACAAAAGGAUUGCAAAUUCCUUGAAGAUGAGGAGGCGCGGAAGAGUUGUUUCAAUGGGUUGUGUCCUAAUUUGAAGUCCCGGUACCAGCUAAGCAGGGAAGCAAGGAAGAAGGCAGGGGUUGCUGUUGAAAUCCAUGAAGCUGGCCAAUUUGAGAGGGCAUCAUAUCGUGCCCCUCUGCAAGAGAUAAGAUCUGCACCUUCCGAAGCUUUAGAAUCAAGAAUGUUGACUUUGAAUGAAGUCAUGAAGGCCUUAAGGGAUGCCAAGAUCAACAAGAUCGGGGUAUGGGGGUUGGGCGGUGUCGGGAAGACCACGCUGGUGAAACAAGUGGCUGAACAAGCUGCUCAAGAGAAGUUAUUCGACAAGGUGGUCACGGCAGCUGUGUUAGAGACUCCAGACUUAAAAAAAAUUCAAGGGGAACUUGCAGACCUUCUAGGUAUGAAAUUUGAGGAGGAGAGUGAACAGGGAAGAGCAGCUCGACUAUAUCAGAGGAUGAACGAGGAGAAGACCAUCCUCAUCAUCUUGGAUGAUAUUUGGGCGAAACUUGACUUGGAGAAAAUAGGAAUUCCUUCUCCAGAUCACCACAAAGGAUGCAAAUUAGUGCUAACUUCUAGAAAUGAACACAUCUUGUCCAAUGAGAUGGAUACUCAAAAGGAUUUUCGAGUUCAACCUUUGCAAGAAGAUGAAACAUGGAUUUUAUUUAAGAACACAGCUGGUUCCAUUGAAAAUCCAGAGUUGCAACCUAUAGCUGUUGAUGUAGCAAAAGAAUGCGCGGGUUUGCCACUUGCAGUAGUAACUGUGGCAACGGCACUGAAAGGCGAGAAGAGUGUGUCCAUUUGGGAGGAUGCCCGGCUACAACUGAAAUCGCAAACCUCGACUAACGUAACAGGACUGACAACAAAUGUAUACUCAAGUCUGAAGUUGAGCUACGAACACUUGAAGGGAGUUGAAGUGAAGUCAUUUUUCUUGCUUUGUGGUUUAAUUUCUCAAAACGAUAUUCAUAUAUGGGACUUGUUGAAAUAUGGUGUGGGUCUGCGAUUAUUUCAAGGAACUAAUACAUUGGAAGAGGCGAAAAAUAGAAUAGAUACAUUGGUUGGCAACCUCAAAUCCUCAAAUUUGUUACUAGAAACUGGCCAUAAUGCAGUUGUUAGAAUGCAUGAUCUUGUUCGGAGUACUGCCAGAAAAAUUGCAUCCGAUCAACAUCAUGUGUUUACACUCCAGAAUACUACUGUAAGAGUGGAAGGAUGGCCAAGGAUAGAUGAACUCCAGAAGGUCACCUGGGUAAGUCUGCAUGACUGUGAUAUUCAUGAACUUCCAGAAGGGCUGGUAUGUCCAAAACUUGAACUUUUUGGAUGUUAUGAUGUAAACACCAAUUCGGCAGUGCAAAUCCCAAACAAAUUUUUUGAAGAGAUGAAGCAACUCAAAGUAUUAGAUUUAUCUCGAAUGCAACUUCCAUCUCUGCCCUUAUCACUUCACUGCCUUACAAAUCUUCGAACAUUGUGUUUGGAUGGAUGCAAGGUGGGAGACAUUGUUAUAAUUGCAAAGCUAAAGAAAUUAGAAAUUCUUAGCCUUAAGGAUUCUGAUAUGGAACAGUUGCCCAGAGAAAUAGCACAGUUGACUCAUCUAAGGCUGUUAGAUUUGAGCGGUUCUUCGAAACUGAAAGUAAUUCCAUCAGAUGUCAUAUCAAGCUUGUCCCAAUUAGAGAAUUUGUGUAUGGCAAAUAGCUUUACUCAAUGGGAGGGGGAAGCAAAGAGUAAUGCUUGCCUCGCUGAGUUGAAGCAUUUGUCUCAUUUAACCUCUUUGGACAUACAAAUACGAGAUGCCAAGUUGCUGCCAAAAGACAUAGUCUUUGAUAACUUGGUGAGAUAUAGAAUAUUUGUAGGUGAUGUCUGGCGCUGGAGAGAAAAUUUUGAAACUAAUAAAACAUUGAAGCUCAACAAGUUCGAUACAAGCCUCCAUCUGGUGCAUGGUAUCAUCAAGUUGUUGAAGAGAACCGAAGAUCUACACUUGCGUGAAUUGUGUGGUGGCACUAAUGUUCUUUCCAAAUUAGAUGGGGAGGGUUUUUUAAAAUUAAAGCAUCUCAAUGUCGAAAGCAGUCCAGAGAUUCAAUAUAUUGUGAACUCGAUGGAUCUGACUCCAUCACAUGGUGCCUUUCCUGUUAUGGAGACCUUGUCUCUCAAUCAGCUGAUUAACUUGCAAGAAGUAUGCCGUGGCCAAUUUCCAGCAGGGUCCUUUGGUUACUUGAGAAAAGUGGAAGUAAAAGAUUGCAACGGCUUGAAAUGUCUCUUCUCGUUGUCUGUGGCUAGAGGCCUGUCCCGACUUGAAGAAAUUAAAGUAACUAGAUGCGAAAGUAUGGUUGAGAUGGUUUCCCAAGGAAGGAAAGAAAUAAAAGAAGCUGCUGUUAAUGUGCCUCUGUUCCCUGAAUUGAGAUCCUUGACAUUAGAGGACUUACCCAAGCUCAGUAAUUUCUGCUUUGAGGAGAACCCGGUGCUUUCGAAGCCUCCAAGCACAAUUGUUGGUCCUAGUACACCACCUCUCAACCAACCGGAGAUAAGGGAUGGCCAACUUCUGCUUUCCUUGGGCGGCAACCUCCGGUCUCUCGAGUUGAAGAAUUGCAUGUCACUAUUGAAGCUAUUCCCACCCAGUUUGUUACAGAAUUUGGAAGAACUAAGAGUGGAAAACUGUGGUCAGCUGGAACACGUAUUUGAUCUUGAAGAGCUAAAUGUUGAUGAUGGGCAUGUUGAGCUCCUCCCUAAAUUAAAAGAACUGAUGUUGUCUGGUCUACCAAAGUUGAGGCAUAUAUGCAACUGUGACAGCUCCAGAAAUCAUUUCCCUUCUUCCAUGGCUUCUGCUCCUGUAGGCAAUAUCAUAUUCCCUAAAUUAAGCGAUAUUACACUGGAAUCUUUGCCCAACCUCACAAGCUUCGUCUCCCCUGGAUAUCAUUCCCUCCAAAGGCUUCACCAUGCAGACCUUGAUACCCCCUUCCCGGUGCUCUUUGAUGAAAAGGUUGCAUUUCCUAGCUUGGAUUUCUUAUAUAUCGAGGGACUGGAUAAUGUGAAAAAAAUAUGGCCCAACCAAAUUCCUCAAGAUUCCUUCUCCAAACUAGAAGUUGUGAGAGUAUUCUUAUGUGGAGAAUUGUUGAAUAUUUUUCCAUCUUGUAUGCUGAAAAGGUUACAGAGUCUGGUGGUAGAGAAUUGUAGUUCAUUAGAAGCGGUUUUUGAUGUGGAAGGGACAAAUGUGAAUGUGGAUCUUGAAGAGCUAAAUGUUGAUGAUGGGCAUGUUGAGCUCCCUAAAUUAUUCCAUAUUUCACUGGAAUCUUUGCCCAACCUCACAAGCUUCGUCUCCCCUGGAUAUCAUUCCCUCCAAAGGCUUCACCAUGCAGACCUUGAUACCCCCUUCCCGGUGCUCUUUGAUGAAAGGGUUGCAUUUCCUAGCUUGAAUUUCUUAACAAUCUCGGGACUGGAUAAUGUGAAAAAAAUAUGGCCCAACCAAAUUCCUCAAGAUUCCUUCUCCAAACUAGAAAAGGUGACCAUAUCAUCAUGUGGACAAUUGUUGAAUAUUUUUCCAUCUUCUUUGCUGAAAAGGUUACAGAGUCUAGAGAGACUGUUCGUAGAUGAUUGUAGUUCAUUAGAAGCGGUUUUUGAUGUGGAAGGGACAAAUGUGAAUGUGGAUCUUGAAGAGCUAAAUGUUGAUGAUGGGCAUGUUGAGCUCCUCCCUAAAUUAAAAGAACUGAUGUUGAUUGAUCUACCAAAGUUGAGGCAUAUAUGCAACUGUGGCAGCUCCAGAAAUCAUUUCCCUUCUUCCAUGGCUUCUGCUCCUGUAGGCAAUAUCAUAUUCCCUAAAUUAAGCGAUAUUUUUCUGAAUUCUUUGCCCAACCUCACAAGCUUCGUCUCCCCUGGAUAUCAUUCCCUCCAAAGGCUUCACCAUGCAGACCUUGAUACCCCCUUCCCGGUGGUCUUUGAUGAAAGGGUUGCAUUUCCUAGCUUGGAUUGCUUAUAUAUCGAGGGACUGGAUAAUGUGAAAAAAAUAUGGCCCAACCAAAUUCCUCAAGAUUCCUUCUCCAAACUAGAAGUGGUGAAGGUAGCAUCAUGUGGAGAAUUGUUGAAUAUUUUUCCAUCUUGUAUGCUGAAAAGGUUACAAAGUCUAGAGAGACUGUCCGUACAUGUUUGUAGUUCAUUAGAAGCGGUUUUUGAUGUGGAAGGGACAAAUGUGAAUGUGGAUUGUAGUUCAUUAGGGAAUACAAACGUAGUCCCUAAAAUAACUUUGCUCGCUCUCCGCAAUCUACCUCAACUCAGGAGUUUCUACCCGGGGGCACAUACUUCACAAUGGCCAUUGUUGAAAUAUCUGACAGUGGAGAUGUGUCCUAAACUCGAUGUACUUGCAUUCCAACAAAGACAUUAUGAGGGAAAUCUUGAUGUUGCAUUCCCAAAUUUGGAGGAAUUAGAAUUGGGUCUCAACAGAGAUACAGAAAUAUGGCCAGAGCAAUUUCCAAUGGAUUCCUUUCCCAGACUAAGAGUUCUGGAUGUAUAUGACUAUAGAGAUAUUUUGGUUGUGAUUCCUUCCUUUAUGCUUCAAAGAUUACAUAAUCUGGAAGUACUUAAGGUAGGAAGAUGUAGUUCAGUCGAAGAGGUAUUCCAACUUGAAGGACUUGACGAGGAAAAUCAAGCCAAGAGGCUUGGACAGUUAAGAGAAAUAAAGUUGGAUGAUCUUCCUGGGCUGACACAUUUGUGGAAGGAAAACUCCAAACCAGGCCUUGACUUGCAGAGUCUAGAGAGUCUUGAAGUGUUGGAUUGUAAAAAAUUGAUCAAUUUGGUACCAUCCUCAGUAUCUUUCCAAAAUCUAGCUACUCUAGAUGUGCAGUCUUGUGGUAGUCUGAGAAGUUUGAUAUCACCCUCGGUAGCUAAAAGUCUGGUAAAACUCAAAACACUCAAAAUAUGUGGAUCAGAUAUGAUGGAAGAAGUAGUUGCCAACGAAGGAGGGGAAGCAACAGAUGAGAUUACUUUCUACAAAUUACAACACAUGGAGCUUCUGUAUUUGCCAAACCUCACAAGCUUCAGUUCAGGUGGUUAUAUAUUCUCAUUCCCAUCCUUGGAGCAGAUGCUGGUGAAAGAAUGCCCCAAGAUGAAAAUGUUCUCUCCAAGGCUAGAAAGAAUAAAAGUGGGAGAUGAUAAGUGGCCUCGGCAGGAUGAUCUGAAUACCACCAUCCAUAAUUCGUUUAUAAAUGCACAUGGCAAUGUUGAGGCUGAGAUUGUGGAAUUGGGAGCUGGUUCAGCAUUAUGAUUACAUCAUGUUUUGUUCUUGGGAAUGUUACUCUUUGGCUGGAUUGAUUCCAUGUUAAUGCAAUAUGUAUCACUCUAUCUCAAUCUAUUUGGUUAUAUUUUAGGUUUAUAUAGAUUUGUUGGAUUGUAUGAUGAUUUCCACAUUGUUCAUAAUUAUUGAAAUUUCUUCAUAAUUAUGGAUGGUCACUAUUUGAGUUGCAUAAUGAAUCUCCACUUGAAUCA